UCAUUCAAAAAGCCGGACACUCGGAGCGGAUUUUUUUUUUUUUCUUCGCCUCCUGCUUCUUCCAACCCCCCCCUCCUCCUCGGCCCUGCCAGUCAACCUCGGGCUCCUCGCGGGGAGGGGCGGCGCCUGCCCGCCCGCCUGCCGCACGGAGGGUGAUAUUUUCACCGCCCGCCGGCCGCGGCCCGAGGGGCUGGGGAGGAAGAGACAAAAAGUACUUUCCCCUCCGCCGCCGCCGCCUCCUCCUCCUCCUUUCUCUUUCUAAUCCCGCCUCCUUAGAGUUAGGAAGGCUCCGUGCCUCGGGCUGCAGCCAGGCUUUUUUUUUUUUUUUCCCCUCUUUUUCUCUUCCUUUUAAUACCUAGAAGGGGGACACGCAUACCCACCCACCCACCGGGAUCUGUUUGGCCCGCGGUUCUUGCGCUCGCGGGGCUUACGGCGUGUGCGGCUUUCAAAGGCGAGAAGACCCGGGGAACAAAAACCCUCCGGAUCCAUCCACCACCGUGGGUGGUUUUAAUAUUUUUCGUUAUUUCCUCAAAUUUUAAAUUUUUUUUUUAAAUAAAAACAUCAUUCUUCACAAUGAACAAAUUGUAUAUCGGCAACCUCAGCGACAACGCCGCCCCCUCGGACCUAGAAAGUAUCUUCAAAGACGCCAAGAUCCCGGUGUCGGGCCCCUUCCUGGUGAAGACGGGCUACGCGUUCGUGGACUGCCCGGACGAGAGCUGGGCCCUCAAGGCCAUCGAGGCGCUUUCAGGUAAAAUGGAACUGCACGGGAAACCCAUAGACGUGGAGCACUCGGUCCCCAAAAGGCAAAGGAUUCGGAAACUUCAGAUACGAAAUAUCCCACCUCACUUACAAUGGGAGGUGCUGGAUGGUUUACUGGUCCAGUAUGGAGUGGUGGAGAGCUGUGAGCAAGUGAACACUGACUCGGACACUGCAGUGGUAAAUGUGACCUAUUCCAGUAAGGAUCAAGCUAGACAAGCUUUAGACAAACUGAAUGGAUUCCAGUUAGAAAAUUUCACCCUGAAAGUUGCCUACAUCCCUGAUGAAAUGGCGGGCCAGCAGAACGCCUCCCAGCAGCUCCGUGGGCGCCGAGGGACAGGGCAGAGGGGCUCGUCCAGGCAGACAUCACCAGGGUCAGUGUCCAAGCAGAAGCCAUGUGACUUGCCGUUGCGCCUGUUGGUUCCUACUCAAUUCGUUGGAGCCAUUAUAGGAAAAGAAGGUGCCACCAUUCGGAACAUCACUAAACAGACCCAGUCUAAAAUCGAUGUCCACCGUAAAGAGAAUGCAGGGGCUGCUGAGAAGUCAAUUACUAUCCUCUCCACCCCUGAAGGCACCUCUGCGGCCUGUAAGUCUAUUCUGGAGAUUAUGCAUAAGGAAGCGCAAGAUAUAAAAUUCACAGAAGAGAUCCCCUUGAAGAUUCUAGCCCACAAUAACUUUGUAGGCCGUCUUAUUGGGAAAGAAGGAAGAAACCUUAAAAAGAUUGAGCAAGACACAGACACUAAAAUCACAAUAUCUCCACUGCAGGAAUUGACACUGUAUAACCCGGAGCGCACGAUUACGGUGAAAGGCAAUGUUGAGACUUGUGCUAAAGCUGAGGAAGAGAUCAUGAAGAAGAUCAGAGCGUCUUAUGAAAACGAUGUUGCUUCAAUGAAUCUUCAAGCACAUUUAAUUCCUGGAUUAAAUCUGAAUGCAUUGGGUCUGUUCCCACCUACUUCAGGGAUGCCGCCUCCCACCUCAGGGCCCCCUUCAGCCAUGACUCCUCCCUAUCCACAGUUUGAGCAAUCAGAAAUGGAGACUGUGCACCUGUUUAUCCCGGCCCUGUCAGUCGGCGCCAUUAUUGGCAAGCAGGGCCAGCACAUCAAACAACUCUCUCGCUUUGCAGGAGCUUCAAUUAAGAUUGCACCAGCGGAAGCGCCAGAUGCUAAAGUGAGGAUGGUGAUUAUCACUGGACCACCAGAGGCUCAGUUCAAGGCUCAGGGAAGAAUUUAUGGAAAAAUUAAAGAAGAAAACUUUGUUAGUCCUAAAGAAGAGGUGAAACUUGAAGCUCAUAUCAGAGUGCCAUCCUUUGCUGCUGGCAGAGUUAUUGGAAAAGGAGGCAAAACGGUGAAUGAACUCCAGAAUUUGUCAAGUGCUGAAGUUGUUGUCCCUCGUGACCAGACACCUGAUGAGAAUGACCAAGUGGUUGUCAAAAUAACUGGCCACUUCUAUGCUUGCCAGGUUGCCCAGAGAAAAAUUCAGGAAAUUCUGACUCAGGUAAAGCAGCACCAACAGCAGAAGGCUCUGCAAAGUGGACCACCUCAGUCACGGCGAAAGUGAAGGCUCAGGAACAGCCCACCACAGAGGCAGAUGCCAAACCAAAGACAGAUUGCUUAACCAACAGACCGGUGCUGACCCCUGACCCCAUCCAGAACCACAUGCACAAGUUUUUACCUAGCCAGUUGUUUCUGAGGACCAGGCAACUUAUGAACUCCUGUCUCUGUGAGAAUGUAUACUUUAUGCUCUCUGAAAUGUAUGACACCCAGCUUUAAAAACAUAGAAAAAUGGGGGGGGGGGCGAGAAGAGCUCUGCACUUCCCUUUGUUGUGGUCUCAAAGUAUAGUAAGUAUUCUAAUUUUCCUUAAUAUUCUCCCAGAAUGCCAGAAAUUGGCUUAAAUGGUGCAUUCAUUAAAUUCCUCAAAUAAAUUAAAAAUAGAUUGCUUCUAAAUCCAAUUGUUAAAAUUGGAUCAGGAUAGAAUUAUCACAGAAACUUAAAUGUUAAGCCAUUAGAAUAGAAACUGUUUUGUUUUGAUCUAACACUAACAUGAAUAACCUAAGGGAAGUGCCGAUAGUGUUGGCAGGGGAAUUAAACGUGCAUUUUUACUCAACUACCUCAGGCAUUCAGUAAUACAGUGAAAGCGAACUUGUUCCUUUUUUGAAAAUUUUAUAUACUUUAUAAAGAUUAAAGUCCAACCAUUUUUUAAGAAUAAAUCUAAAAUUUAACAGCUAUCAGCUAACAGGCAAGUAAUUAAGAAAGGAAUUUUACUUCUGGCUGGUGACAGUAAAGCUGGAAAAUUAAUUUUGCAUUUUUUGAGGUUUUGACAGUUAUUAGUUGGAAAAUCCAAUACAUGUUCAAAGGUACAGAGCAGUGCCUGUAUCUAGAGAGCAGCAAUAUCACUGAUUCCUUUGUUUAUAGUUGGAAAGGGUUUUGAUGGUACUAACAGAGCAAAGUGGUGGCAGGUUUUGGAAUGGCUAGUUUAAAAGACUUCAGGAAACAUCCAGAUUUCUGUUUAGCUACAUGCUUGAAUGGAUAAAAUGCCUUGUGCUUUUUUUAUUAUCACUACCUAAAGAAAGUGCAUUGAUGAAGAAAUGUAGGAUUUAAGUAGGCAAAAAACAAACUUGAGUUUGUCUUACAGGGUGCUUAGUGUGCCAAUACACAUCAAACCAAGUGGUCUCCACUUGAACAGACCAGUGGGCCAGUCAGUUGGAGUGGCCAUGUUCAAAGGCUGCACAAAGCCCAUCCUUCUGUGUGUGGCACCGUCACAGUCCUCACUAAGCUGUUGUGAAGAUUUUUAAGCAAUGGAUGAAUUAAAAGCUCCACCUAAAACAUUACAUAGAACAUAGCAGGAUUUCUGUAUACCCUGCUGUUGAUAAUAAGUCAAAAGGUAGAGAAUGCAAGAAAGCAGUUUUGGGAAUAUAGUUGGAAUGACUAUGAAAAUACCCGAUACAGAAGUUUUUGCACCAUCUUUAACUUGGUGGCAAAGCCCAGUAUAGAAAUUGUGUGGGUAUGCGUGGUCUUAAAGGCCAUGUUGCUCUCUGAAUUGUUUCUGUUCAUAAGAUGGUCAGAGUCGCAUUACGCGGAUACAUAUAUAUCUCACUUUAAAAAAAUUAUUUUGCCUCAUUUGUAUUUCAAGAUUGAUUUCUACAGAAUAAGUAAGCUUUUUUGCAAGUCAGAAUGUCAUUUAGACAUUUGAAAAUAUUUUCAGAAAACCAGUUUAAUUUGUAGUUCAGCCAAAAAGUGCCCUUUUUUAUCCACUGGACUCACCUGGCAUUCAUAUUUUUUCAUGUAAUGAAUUAAAAUAGCUAAAAAAAAAAUCAGACUAUUUCUGCUUGAAUUUCAGGUGAGAUAUGUUUAAAGCCAGAGCUCUUCCUCAAUAUUGAUUUUCAGUACUUGAUUUAAAAAGAUAGGUGCUACAUUUAUAUCUGCUGGUUUAAAUUCUGCCAUGUUUCAUGUCUAGUCUUGUGUGGCCAAUCAUGUUUUGCUUUCACUCAAGCAUUGGCAAUUUGGAGCAUCUGGCACUAAGAAUUCUUUAAGUUUUGUAUUCACUCUAUAUGGAUCAUUCCUCAUCUAUAAUGUGCUCCAAAUGCAGCUUCAUUUUCCAGAAUAAAGUUUUUCAUCAUUA